AUGGCUAAAAACAAUAAGCAUGCCAAAGUGAAGCUGUUUAAAUAUAAAACAGCAUUAUGUCAAUACUACGUCAAUAAUAAGGAGUGUCCCUUCACAGAUCAUUGUGCAUUUGCCCACGGUGACCACGAACUACACGAUGAGGAGAAUAAUAUUUAUAGGCUCAACGCAAUUGGGAAAAAACGUUUAAGCAGCUUUUCUGAUAUUUUAGAAACGUUUAACUCUCCCACUGCGGCAUUUCCACCUUCUUUAGAUCCCUUGAAGUCCCCUGUAACGGACCAGCCGUCCUCCGAGAAGGCCUCACCCGUGACUCCGUCCGACACGUCCAUCCCUCCUCCCGCUAUUGUGAAGCUGAACCCGGGCUUUGAAUGCCGCGCCCUGCCCAACAGGAGCCUGGACCGCACCAAAGGCGACGCGUACUUCCAACAGCACUUUUGCCUGUCCUGUCAGAGAGAACAGCUGCAGGUGUACCGCCACAACCCCUACUGCGUCUGCGGGCAGAUGAUCUACUGA